AUGUUAAACUUUGAGCUCAAGAAGGUUCAAUGGGAUGAACGCCUUGGUUUUGGAAUCGAAUUUGAAUUCGCCCUCGCGACUCUCUCAUUAGGAACCAAAGACCCAGACCCGGAACAAGGUCGUCAGAUUUACUCGAUCGACGUUCCUCUUGAUACCCCCGAACGAGAUCCUCACACUCUCACAGAUAUCGAACGCCAACUAAAUGUUCAAUUGCACAUUGUGAAUACAUUAAGAACCGAGAGACAUCGAGCUUCAUCUCAAAUGCAGCUGGAACGAGACCGUAUAGCUUGGAAAAAUGGCGAUUUGGACACAGAGCCGGACCCAAGCGAUGUACAAUGGAUGGUCAAACACGAUGACACGAUUCAAUUCCCGUCCACCGGAGUUAAUAGUUACAACUGGUACAAGGUCGAAAUAUGUACACCAGGACUCAUGUUUAGCCCAUGGAAUAUCCGUCAUGUAUGGUCUGUUCUCCGCAUCCUCAGAAAUAAAUACCGGCUGAAUUGCAAUGAAUCUUGUGGUCUGCAUGUCCAUGUUGGGACUGGAAAAAAGGAAUUCAGUCUUGAUAUCUUGAAGAACUUAAUGGGUCUGAUAUUCACGUUCGAACGACAACUCGAGCAAAUUCAUCCUUUGCAUCGAAUCUACCACAACCCCUCAACAUACUCACUUCGCGAUCAUGCAAAUAUCAACCAAAAUUUCGAACCAGGAAAGAAUUUCAGCUGCAGUGAUCGAAGCUGGAAAAGUAAUAGGAUCAAGGAUAGGAUACGAAGAAACCUACCUUUCACUAUAGCUCCUGCUCGCUCGGUAAAAGAUUCCUUAGCCGCAAUAUUUGAUGCCACAUCAAAGGCGGAAAUGGUCCAGAUGUUCAGAUCGGAUGAAGAUGUUAGACUUGGAUACAAUAUCCAAUUUCUUAACGAACCCUACCCAGACCCCUUUAAGCACACGAUUGAGUUUCGACACCACGCCGCUACCACAUCACCGGAGAGAAUAGAGCGUUGGCUCAACAUCUGGUGUCGUCUCGUCGAUGUUGCGCGGCAGACGGCAUCUGCAACCGAUGAGGAGAAGGGAGACUUUCGGAAAUUCUUGGUGGAUCAUGUAGAGGAUGAUGUGGAGGAUUUUGGAUUGUCGAUGCUCUUGGUGAGUUUGGGGUUGAUGGAGGAGGCGGACUAUUAUAGUAUGGAGAGGGCUCUUAGGCCGGAUGCGAGACCCGAUAGGAAGAGUAUGCAUAGCACGACUUCUUCGUGA